AAGCCUAUAAAUCACCCUCUUACAUUGCAACCAUGUCCAUCACAAUUCAACAAAGCUAUUACAUUUGAUACUGCUUUUCCACCCAAACAAACACUUUGCAGCUAUUUAAGUUGUUUUGAUUGCAACAUAUGGCAAUGUCUUCUUCCAUUUUUACAACAAAUUUUCUUCCUUUGCAGCAAUCCCAAGAUGAACGUCCCAAGUGUCGAUUCAAUGGAGUUGCAGUGGCCCAGUUAGAACCGGAAAAUGCAAGAAAGACCAUGGUCAAACAAAGUCAACAGACAAGACAAGUGAAAAGAUUCCUUAAUUUCUCAGGAGAAAAACCGUCUACUCCAAUUCUUGAUGCCAUAAACCAUCCCAUUCAUAUGAAGAAUCUUUCCAUCGAGGAGCUUGGGAAGUUAGCUGAUGAGCUACGAGAAGAGGUGGUUUACACAGUGUCAAACACUGGUGGGCAUCUCAGUUCAAACCUUGGGGUGGCUGAGCUAACAGUGGCACUUCACUAUGUUUUCGACACUCCUGUGGAUAAAAUACUUUGGGAUGUUGGGCAUCAGUCCUACCCGCAUAAGAUUUUAACCGGUAGAAGAUCGAGGAUGCAUUCGAUUCGACAAACGUGUGGAUUAGCAGGGUUUCCAAACAGGGAAGAGAGCAUUCAUGAUGCCUUUGGAGCUGGCCAUAGUUCUACUAGCAUUUCAGCUGGUUUAGGGAUGGCAGUUGGAAGAGAUCUGUUAGGGAAGAACAAUCAUGUAAUUGCAGUAAUAGGUGAUGGAGCAAUGACUGCUGGAAUGGCAUAUGAAGCACUCAACAAUGCUGGUUAUCUUGACACUAAUCUCAUCAUCAUCUUGAAUGAUAAUAAGCAAGUUUCGUUGCCGACCGCCACGGUCGACGGUCCGGCUCCUCCAGUUGGAGCUCUUAGCAAAGCACUAACAAAGCUUCAUUCUAACAGGGAAUUUCGUCAACUACGCGAGGCUGCAAAGGGUAUCACAAAGCAAAUCGGUGGGCAAACACAUGAAAUCGCCGCGAAACUCGAUUCCUGCAUGAGAGGAGUAGUCGGUGGUUCGGGAGCUAGCCUGUUUGAAGAAUUAGGAGUAUACUACGUAGGACCAGUGGAUGGUCAUAAUGUAGAAGACCUUGUUUAUGUCAUGAACGAAAUUAAGUCAAUGCCAGCUCCUGGACCUGUUCUCAUUCAUGUCAUUACCGAGAAGGGAAAAGGUUAUGCCCCUGCCGAGGUUGCACCAGAUAAAAUGCAUGGGGUUGUGAAAUUCGAUCCCAAGUCCGGCGAACAAAUGAAGAGCAAGUCAGCAACACGAUCGUAUACUCAGUACUUUUCAGAGUCUUUAAUAGCUGAAGCAGAGGAAGAUGACAAAAUAGUGGGAAUCCAUGCCGCCAUGGGAGGAGGAACCGGGCUUAAUUUGUUCCAAAAACAAUUCCCGGAUCGAUGUUUUGAUGUCGGUAUAGCUGAACAACAUGCUGUUACUUUUGCUGCUGGUUUAGCUUCUGAAGGGCUGAAACCGUUCUGUGCCAUUUACUCUUCCUUCCUACAAAGAGGAUUCGAUCAGGUAGUUCAUGAUGUUGAUCUUCAAAAGCUCCCUGUGAGAUUUGCAAUAGACAGGGCUGGCCUGGUGGGUGCAGAUGGACCGACCCAUUGCGGUGCGUUCGAUACUACUUUUAUGGCAUGUUUGCCUAAUAUGGUGGUAAUGGCACCUUCAAACGAGACUGAGCUGAUGCACAUGGUGGCAACAGCAGCAGCCAUUGAUGAUCGGCCUAGCUGCUUUAGGUACCCCAGAGGCAAUGGCAUUGGUUCUAUUCUCCCACCAAACAACAAAGGAACACCAUUAGAGAUUGGGAAGGGAAGAGUACUAAGAGAAGGAAGUGGCAGGGUGGCCAUUUUGGGGUAUGGAACAAUCGUACAAAGUUGUGUGAAAGCAGCUGAACAACUACAAAUGCAUGGCAUCUCCGCAACGGUGGCGGAUGCUCGUUUUUGUAAGCCAAUCGACGGAGAUUUAUUGAAACAACUAGCUCAAGAACACGAGAUAUUAAUCACCGUGGAAGAAGGAUCAAUCGGAGGGUUCAGCACCCACGUCUCACAUUUCUUGUGCUUGAAUGGACUACUAGAUGGCAAGCUUAAGUGGAGGCCAAUGGUGCUACCAGAUAGAUACAUUGACCAUGGAUCUCAAAGUGAUCAAAUUGAAGAGGCAGGGCUGAGCUCAAAGCAUAUUGCUGCCACAGUUCUUUCACUACUGGGGAUAACUAGGGGAAGCAAAUGUAUUAUAUAAGACAAUAAUAGAAUAAAGGUUUUACGUCAAUAUUUAAAAGCAUGGUGUAAUCAAGAGUUUUUAAUCAAUGUAAAAGAAAAUAUAUAUAGAGAGUAAUAUUUUUUUAAA